CCACGUGGGACCAAGAGUGAGCCAAUAGCUGUUAGCAGGGGGUGUGGCCAAGUAAACGUCGCUGCCAUCAAGCCGUCAUGCUAGCCGAAGUAGUUGUUUAAACCGUUUUACGAACGAAUGGCUUACAACUUAGGUAUUAUUUUGCAUAAUUAGUUUGAUUUUCUUGUUGACAUUGAUAUAAGUUAUGGAAACGUGAAUUUCUGAGUAAAGUUUGCUGGUUUUGUGAGCCAAGAAGACCCGCUAGAUUAGCUUACUUGUUGAGCUAGCCUUUGAAGCUAGCGCGGCCAUCACGAGCAACACAACAAAUAAAGAGUCCAGCUCAGAAGUGAACGCUCGGACACUCAAGAUCUCUGCCACCAUUAUGGAGAAGGCCGAUUUCUUGAAAGGACUUCCAGUCUACAAUAAGAGCAACUUCAGCAGGUUCCAUGCAGAUUCUGUUUGUAAAGCAUCUAAUCGAAGGCCUUCUGUGUACCUUCCAACACGAGAAUAUCCUUCUGAACAAAUAAUUGUAACAGAGAAGACCAACAUCCUCCUGCGUUAUCUCCAUCAACAGUGGGACAAAAAGAAUGCAGCAAAGAAAAGGGAACAAGAGCAAGGUGAGGCGGACAGUCCAGCACCCCCGAGGAAGAUCGCCAGGACGGAUAGCCAAGAGAUGAACGAGGAUUCAUAAAAGUCGAUAUGUGCAUGUUUGUGUGAGUGUGUGUGGGAGAACGAGAGAAGUGUGUCUGUCUACACAGGGUUUAGCCAAGAAAAUGCAAUACAAAGACUAAUUCUAGAAAGAAAAAGUUGUAGCUUUUUUUUUUUUUUGUCAUGAGGCAACAGGAAUGUUUUUGUCCUGAAACGACCCACAGAUAUUUAGUGAAAAUGACUGGAGCAGAGAUGGUUUGAAUUUCUGUUUGUUGCUGACACUGAAGGUUGUAGGUGUGUGGGUGAACUACUGCUGUUCUAAUAAUGUUGACUAUUCCUUGUGUGGACCGGAAUACACUUGUUUGCAUGCAGGCUAAGCUGUGUGUGUGUGUAUGUUGUAUCGUAUGUGUUGUGAGUGAAUAGUCAAAGAAGUGGGUAGAUUUCAGAGUCAGACUUGACAGCAAAAGUCUCACACUACUUUUAAAAACUUUAACGUGUAGCCUUCUGUGACCCGGAGAGUCUGAUCUGUGUGAACAUUUUGUUACGAUUUUAAUUUUAUUAUGACUCGUUGUUGUUUUUUUUGUUUGGCAAUGAGCUUCCUGCCAGCCACAGUGCCCACCCUCUGAGUUUCACUGCCCGACUCUGCAACCACACGGGGGCAUUGCAGCAUUUCUCCACACCAUUGAAAUCUACAGAACCAGGAAUGCACUGUGACGAAGAGCACAAAGUAGAGCCGACUCUUCCAGAAUGAGACGUGUUUAUAGGGCGAAUCUUCAUAUCAGUGUUCUGUUCUCAGAGUUGUUCUCAAAGGUUAAAUGUGUUGCUAUUUUUCUUUGGAAAUAUACCUAUAGCACCAUCUUCUGGUUGAAAAGAGAAACUAAAUGUAGGGUUUUCUUUAAAAAAUCUUUUAGCUAUAAAUGAUAAUACAGAUGUUUCAAAUUACACUGCUUGAUAACAGCACAGAAACUACUGAAAGUGAAGAAAAGGGAAAAGAAUGAUUCUUUUUGUUGAACCUAUCAGAGCUAGAGUCAUCAGCCAUCAAAGUAGCCAUGUCUCUGCCUUUCUUUUUGGUUAAUAAAACAUCCCCUGUAUGGAAAAAUCUCAUAAUAAAGCUAACCCCUCGUUGCACAGUGGAUGUAAUCUUGCCUUGCAUGUGGAUCCCUUCACAUUCUGGUAACCAUCUGAAGGGUUUGUCAGGUGUGGUUUUGGACGCUUCGAGCCUCGAGGCCUUAAAAGUUCUCUUCCUGGUUCGCUCCCCCAGGGCUUUCAGUGGCUGCUCUGUCUGUUUGACAAUCCUGGAAGAUUUCUGUCAAAGAGCUAGCACAGGUGACCGCAGGGGGGUGUUUAUAUAUUCAGCCAUAAAUGCACAAUAAGCAUAAGCAACAUUUACCACCCUACCUUGCCCUUCUGGAUUCAGUUUGUUUUGAUUUUUAAGGUUGCAACAUUAAUUUCAUUUUCAUUUUUUUUUUUUUUUUUACAAAUUGUUAUCACUGCCCAGCAUUCACAAAAUUCUGUCCCUUAUCAGUUGGUGCAGUGAGGAGGGUCGACUGUGGAUCUAACCGACAUUGUAAAUACUGUUUUCUACACAUGAAACCGUGUUCUGCUUUCGCUCUGAUGGACUGUUCAACUACACCCUAAGCCUUGCCCCCAUCCAGUGUUAGGUCUGAUGUCCUUUUUAGCUUUGCUCAAUAAAAACUGGAUUCAAAAUGGAA